AUGACCGUGUAUGACCACGAGGAUGGCCUGCAUGACGUGUAUGACCACGAGGAUGACCUGCAUGACGUGUAUGGCCACGAGGAUGACCUGCAUGACGUGUAUUACGACGAGGAUGACCUGCAUGACGUGUAUUACGACGAGGAUGACCUGCAUGACGUGUAUUACGACGAGGAUGACCUGCAUGACGUGUAUGACCACGAGGAUGACCUGCAUGACUUGUAUGACCGCGAGGAUGGCCUGCAUGAUGUGGAUGACCAUGAGGAGGGCCUGCAUGACGUGUAUGAUGAGGAGGAUGGCCUGCAUGACGUGUAUGGCCACAAGAGUGGCCUGCAUGAUGUGGAUGACCGCGAGGACGGCCUGCAUGAUGCGGAUGACCAAGAUAUUUGCCUGCGUGAUGUGGAUGACCACGACUAUGGCCUGCAUGACGUGUAUGGCCACAAGAGUGGCCUGCAUGAUGUGGAUGACCGCGAGGAUGGCCUGCGUGAUGUGUAUGACCAAGAUAUUUGCCUGCGUGAUGUGGAUGACCACGAGGAUGGCCUGCUUGACGUGUAUGACCACGAGGAUGGCCUGCAUGAUGCGGAUGACCACGAGGAUGGCCUACAUGAUGUGGAUGACCACGAGGAUGGCCUGCAUGAUGUGUAUGACCACGAGGGUGGCCUGCAUGACGUGUAUGACCACGAGGAUGGCCUGCAUGACGUGUAUGACCACGAGGGUGGCCUACAUGACGUGUAUGACCACGAGGAUGGCCUGCAUGACGUGUAUGGCCACGAGGAUGUCCUGCAUGGUGUGGAUGUCCACGAGGAUGGCCUGCAUGACGUGUAUGACCACGAGGAUGGCCUACAUGACGUGUAUGACAGCGAGGAUGGCCUGCAUGAUGCGGAUGACCACGAGGAUGGCCUGCAUGACGUGUAUGACCACGAGGAUGGCCUGCAUGACGUGUAUGACCACGAGGAUGGCCUGCAUGACGUGUAUGACCACGAGGAUGGCCUGCAUGACGUGUAUGACCACGAGGAUGGCCUGCAUGACGUGGAUGACCACGAGGAUGGCCUGCAUGAUGUAUGCCUGCAUGAUGUGUAUGACCACGAGGAUGGCCUGCAUGAUGUGGAUGACCACGAGGAUGGCCUGCAUGACGUGUAUGACCACGAGGAUGGCCUGCAUGACGUGUAUGACCACGAGGAUGGCCUGCAUGACGCGUAUGACCACGGGGAUGACCUGCAUGAAGUGUAUGACCACGAGGAGGGCCGGCAUGACCUGCAUGAUGACCUCGUGUUAUGGUUCUGGUGA